AUGAGGAACCUGCCGAUCCUCCUCCUCUCCCUCUGCUGGAGCCUGGGGCGGGUGAAUGGUGUCCAUCCAGAAUGCAGAUUUCAGCUGGAGAUUCACAAGGAGGAAACAAGGUGCAUGGAACUUCUAAAGAAUGCAAAGCCAGUGGACUACAAAGGAUGUGUUGGAGUUUGGGAUAACAUCACCUGUUGGCGUCCUGCAAAGAUUGGAGAGACUGUCACUGUCCCUUGUCCAAAAGUAUUUAGCCUUUUUUCUGGCAAACCAGGAAAUAUUAGCAAAAAUUGUACGAGUAAUGGAUGGUCAGAUAUUUUUCCUGACAUCUUAAGUACUUGUGGAUAUAACGACUAUGAAGAUGAUUAUAAGGUCAACUUCUAUGUAAGGGUGAAGGCAAUUUAUACCCUUGGACACAGCGUAUCUCUGAUUGCUCUUACUACGGGAAGUGUAAUUCUUUGCCUUUUCAGAAAACUUCAUUGUACUCGGAACUACAUCCAUCUGAACCUGUUCUUCUCUUUCAUUCUAAGAGCAAUCUCUGUUUUAGUCAAGGAUGAUAUUCUCUAUUCCAGCUCCAACACAGCUCACUGUCCAGAGGAUCAAACCUCAUGGGUGGGCUGCAAGGCUAUUUUGGUGUUUUUUCAGUACGGUGUUAUGGCAAACUUUUACUGGCUCUUAGUUGAAGGACUUUACCUCCACAUCCUCCUUGUGCUAAUAUUCUCCCCCAACAGACACUUCACAGUCUACCUGUUGAUUGGAUGGGGAAUUCCUACCAUAUUCAUUAUUACAUGGACAGUGACACGGAUCAUUUUAGAGGACACUGGUUGCUGGGAUACAAAUGAGCAUGGUGGUCCCUGGUGGGUUAUACGAAUACCAAUUUUAAUUUCUAUUAUAGUGAAUUUUAUACUUUUCAUUAGUAUUAUAAGAAUCUUACUGCAGAAAUUAAGAUCUCCAGAUGUUGGAGGAAAUGACCAGUCACAGUACAAGAGGCUUGCAAAAUCCACGUUGUUGCUUAUUCCAUUAUUUGGAGUUCACUACACAGUGUUUGCUCUAUUUCCUGACCGCAGUUCCAAUAACUAUAAAAUAAUCUUUGAGUUGUGUUUGGGAUCUUUUCAGGGGUUGAUUGUUGCAGUCCUGUAUUGUUUUUUGAACAGUGAAGUGCAAGGGGAGCUGAAAAGAAAAUGGCGGAGUUUGUGCUGGAAGCAGACAGCAGGCAGAGAUUACAGACUCCACAGCUCUUCGAUUUCUCGAAAUGGAUCAGAAAGCGUUUCUCAGCUCCACCGGAAUUCAAGGGCUCAGUCAUUUAUGCAGACAGAGACCACCAUGAUAUAAAUCAGCUAG